AUGUCAUGGACGGUACCUUCAGGUCAUGCGUAUUCUCAAAAUGACCCAGCUCGCCUCGCGGUUUGCUUACACCCAUGGUCUUGGCUGGGCGGCAACAUGGACGACCCGGUGCUUGCGUUACUCGAAGAACCUCUCGUGAGCAAGCGGUAUCAUGUCGUGCGCUACAACUCCAGGGGUGUCGGAAGGUCUCGCGGACGAUCCUCGUUUACUGGCGCGUCAGAGGCCGAAGACCUUGAAGAGGUCGUUGGAUGGGCGAUGAGGGUGUUGUCUCACGUUGAUUCUGUUGUAGUCGUGGGCUAUUCUCAUGGUUCGCUGAUUGCCUCCCGUUUGCCCAUCCUUCCGCCCCCCACACGCACCCACCACGUCCUUCUGUCCUAUCCGCUCGGACCGCGCUCGUGGCUGACGCUAUUCCGCGGCAAGGAGUACGACGCCGCGCUGGCUCGGCUCCUGCGCUCGCCAGGUGCGCACGUGUUGGUGGCCUACGGCGACCAAGAUGAAUUCACGAGUGACGCAUCGUACGAGGGGUGGGUCAAGGAGCUGAGGAAGGUGGCAGGUGAGGGCGAGCAUGUCCUCAAGGUUGUCAGGAUACAAGGCGCGACGCACUUCUGGCGAGGCGAACGAGGCCGCGAUAUCGGCACCGCUCUUCAAGGAUGGAUUCCUUAA